AUGCCAGAUCUCACGGGCAUUUUCCACUCACUACAAGUACACAAGAGUUUUUCACUUUAUACAUUUGCAUCACUGACUGCAGCAUAUCUACUUCUCUCAACUGAUUUUCAGGCCUUUCUGCUCCUAGCGGCUGCCGUUUGCGCUUCGGAAAUCGAGAAGCGAGAGGCGGAGCCCAGCGUGCUUUAUCAUUCCGGCUACAGAACUUCAGUCUACCCUCUACCCUCCUACGAACCAUCCUUCCAUGCUCACCACCACAAGAGAUCAGCAGACGCUGAGCCUUCCAGUCUUUAUGGCUAUUCUUCCAUCCCCGUAGCCCACGGAGGAUACCAUGGUCACCGGUUCCACAAGAGGUCUGCAGAACCAGAAGCUGAGGCUCAGGCUUCUCAUGGUUAUCUCCCUUAUCUUCCAUACGCUCCACUUGCACCUUACGGCCGACACAUCUACAAGAGGUCUGCAGAACCAGAAGCUGAGGCUCAGGCUUCUCAUGGUUAUCUCCCUUAUCUUCCAUACGCUCCAGUUGCACCUUACGGCCGACACAUCUACAAGAGGUCUGCAGAACCAGAAGCUGAGGCUCAGGCUUCUCAUGGUUAUCUCCCUUAUCUUCCAUACGCUCCAGUUGCACCUUACGGCCGACACAUCUACAAGAGGUCUGCUCAACCAGAAGCUGAAGCUGAAGCUUCUCAUGGUUAUCUUCCUUAUCUUCCAUACGCUCCACUUGCACCUUACGGCCGACACAUCUACAAGAGGUCUGCUCAACCAGAAGCUCAGGCUCAGGCUUCUCAUGGUUAUCUCCCUUAUCUUCCAUACAUUCCACUUGCACCUUACGGCCGACACAUCUACAAGAGGUCUGCUGAAGCCGAGGCUCAGGCUUCUUAGGGUUAUCUCCACGAUUACAUUCCCUACACUCCUAUGCAAACUUCAUACAGCACAACCUCAGACAGAGCCAUCUUACCUAUAUUCUCCUGUCUCUUACACACAUACUUCUGUUUAUUGUCUUGCU